CAUCAUUUCAAUUUGUGUGCUCGUCCAUAAAUAACAACACAUUUCGCGUAAUUAUAAUUAUCAUCGUCGCUGCCAACCAAUAAAUAACACACAAAAAAUCGCUCCUGCUCAAUACAAUCCGAAUCUUGUUAGAGCAUAAUACAUAAUACGUGUAACGCAUUCAGAUUAACAGACAAACUACGUCAAUUAGCACAUUUUCAAUAAUAGUUUAUUGGAUUUUUGUCGCAGUUUUGGUUUUUGUUCUUUUUGAAUUGAAAAGAGUGUACAAUUCAAGCGAGUAAAAAACAGUGAUUUGAAACGUUGUCAAUAAAGUUCAUAGUUAGCAAGCAAUUGAACCAAGGAAUCAGCAUAUUUGUGAUAUUGCUGGGAGUUACCCGUAAAAAAAGUGUCAUAUUUUUGAAUUAAUUUUUUUUGUUUAGAAACAAAACUGUCGAUUUCAACAUGAAAGUGAUUAUCUUUGCAACAUUAUUAGCUGUGUGUAACUGUGCAAAGUUAGACAACACAUAUUUGCCACCACAAGAUGCACAAAGCUCAGGCGGAAAUUUUGGUUUGGCGCCACCAGAUCAAAGUAAUGGAAAUGGUAAUAAUGGAUUCAAUGGAAAUGGAAAUGGAAACGGUGUACCACAACAAGGCUUCGGCGGCGGUAACCAACAGCCACAAGAAUCGCAACAACCACCAAUUGCAAUUUUAUCCUACGAAAAUGAACCAAACUAUGGCGAUGGCAGCUACAAAUACUCUUAUGAAACGGAGAACGGCAUCAAAGCUGAGGAACAAGGCGAAGUGAAAAACAAAGGCACUGACAAUGAAAUUCAAUCGGUUCGAGGCUCAUACAGUUACACUGGACCAGACGGUGUCUUAUAUACUGUAACAUAUAUUGCUGAUGAAAAUGGUUUCCAACCGCAAGGAGCACAUAUUCCAACCCCAUCACCAGCCAUUCAACAAGCAAUCGCUGAACAACAAGCUGCUGCUGCUGCUGGCCAAAAUGGUAAUAACGGAAAUGGCAAUGGAAAUGGCAAUGGAAAUGGCAAUGGAAAUGGAAAUGGCAAUGGAUACAAUCCACAAAACGAUUUUGCUCCAAAUGGAAAUGGCAACGGUAAUGGCAAUGGAUACAACUACCAACCACCACCACAAAAUGAUUUCGCCGGCAAUGGUAACAAUAAUGGAAAUAAUGGAUUCAAUGGUUAUCCAAGCAAUCGACCACAAAAUGAUUUCCAACCAGCUCCCUCAUAUAAUAACCCAAACAACCAAUACAUACCUCCACAAAACGAUGCACCUCAACCUCAACCACAACCUCAACGACCAAACAACCAAUACAUUCCGCCAGCUCAAAAUGGUAAUCGUCCAAAUGGAAAUGGCAACGGCAACUUCAACCCACAAAGCGGAUAUAGAUACUAAGAACAACACGCUGCUUUUCAACAAACAAAUAAAAUCAAUGUGCUAACACGGUCGGCAAGUGAAACAAAAAAUGAAUUAAAGAGACAAUACACAACUCCUUCAGGCUAUACGUUCGAUUUCCCUCCAAUACGUUACCAUAAGUCUAUAAGUUUUAUCUUUCUUUUUCUUCUUCAUCUUAUUUUCCUUCUUUCAUCCUUAUCUUUUAAGCGCGCGACUAUUGCCAGUGAAAUUAUUUUUUAACUAAAGAAAAUCCAUAAGCAAUUUCAACUAAAGAACAAAUAGAAAAAAACAUAUGUUCGAGCAAAAACUAUAUAGUACACUGAUAAAAUACUCAUUGAAAAUACAUUUUUGAUAUUUAAUUGACAGAGUGAUGUAGCGUGAUGAGCUAAAUUAAAAAAAUUGUUAACCAGAGUGAUGAUUGACAUUGGAAUUUCAACAACAUUAUAUUGUACAUAAUCUCAAUCUAAAUCACAAUCACUCAUAAAUAAUUAAAACCAAUUUGAUUUAAAAAAAAACCAUUUCGUUACACAUUGUUGACACUAAUCAUUUAAUCAA